AUGUCGAUAGCGGACUCGAAGGGAAAGUGUCCUCAAGAUCUAGUUGCGAUAUUUCAUGCUUCAUUUCAUCCAACACAGGGAAACGUUAUUGACUGGUCGUUGAAAGCUAGCGACGAUUUAAAUCUCGACCACCUUGAAUUUAGUGCGUUGCCAAGUGGGUUACAUCUCGUUGGACAGGACGUCGUAUAUUUUACAAAAGACGGCCAGCAUGGUGUUUGUAUCUUCAGAAGAAGAAAAACUACAGAACAAGGGCACAGGGGUUUUCGCUUAUCCUCACUCGGUAUACUUCUUGCCAAAUCACAGCGACCGCGACCAUGGAGACAUGUACAAGCAUUGAAAGAUCUUACGACAAUCAUCUACUCACGAUUAGAAGAAUCAGGUGUACUGGACCCGACAGACAGCGACUGGGAACCUGCACGGACCUUUUUCGAGGAACGGAAGCUUAGACGUGCAGACCUUGGAGGCGCAGGGGACUGGAACGGGUGGAGCGAUGAAUUGGAUGGGAGCCCCGACCCACCCGAUGCGAAUCCCACCCUACAUCUCCCGCAUCUCCUUCGAAUUCUUGGGCCUUCGUCGCUGACAUUAUAUAAGCAUAUACUGGGACGACGAAGGGUGAUGAUAUAUACCCUACCGCCAGUGGAACCUGCGUGCAUUCUAUGUCAUGUUGCUGCAGACAUGUGCUUUGAGUACCAAGCUGGUGAAGGCUCCACGUCCACGACACGGCUGAAGGGCCGGAAUAAGGAACCUGUGAACGUACUUGGGAUGGUGACAUUGGCUGACCUUGACAAACUUCGCACUGAGAGCGAGACAGGACGUGGUUGGGUUGCCUGCACGACGGAUGCGAUAUUUAUCGAGAAACCUUCUUAUUACGACCUACUGAUUGAUCUUACGACAUUGACACCCCAUAAAGCGACACGACCAACUUUUUACGCUUCCAAGCCAGUUUCAUCCCAGCCUGGUAGCUCGAAAAGCCCAACUCCCCGGCUGUCCACAGUCCGUUUCGCCUGGAGUGACAUAAAACUUUGGAAUGAGAUUGAGCGAAUCCUUAAACUCGACUCAGACCAAGCCUCACACCAUGCAUGCUGUGGACCCUCCGCCUCUCCAGACGCACCCCUGAAAUCAAAGUCUAUCACUGCAUGGACAGACGCAUGGCAAGUUUAUGAAGACGUGUGCAUUAUCUGCGCCGGACUGUGGAUAGGGUCAUGGCGGGGUAACUCUACCAUGUCUUAUUCAACCGCCGAUGGACCGGAGAACUGGGGCUCUGUGCGGCUUGAAGGCGAUGAUGAUCUUUCCUUGCACUCGACGUAUGUGAGGAGUUUAGGUAUGGGGAUCGAGGGUCGGCCGGUGCCAGCGAUAGGGAGCAGCACCCUCUUGCCACCUACAUCAACGAGUAAAGCUGCAAAGAGGUCGAGUGGAAUAAGCGGCAAGGCCUCUUCCACCGUUUCUGGUGGAAGCGGGAAGGCACGGCAGGUGUCUUCCUCCUUUGGCGCGGGGGACGAUUUUGCUUUGGAGGGCAACGGCAACCAAGAGAGAAGGGACGGCCAGCUGUUGACGACACUCGCGUUGCUGCAGACGUUCCAUGCCCAUACGGCUUUCCAGGUGUCAGUGUUGGAGAUGCUCCUGCCAAAGGGAGUGGGCUCUGAGGCUGAUGAGUCAACAGUAUACCUCAGCCCGAAAGACAUCCUCCUGUUUGAGCUUGGUCCGUUGAGCGGAUUGGAUGCACGGUAUUUGGAGUGGCUUGCAGCGGAAUAUGCGGGUGGUGUUAAGGUUGUUAUCAAAAGGGGCUGGAAGGAUUUGUUGGCCAUAAUACUUGGGUAUGGCUAG